UGUCGUCACGCCAUUCUUGAUUCACCAUUCACCGCUCUCUCGCUCUCUCUCUCUCCGUGACUCAGAAUCUCUGAUAACCGAACUGUUCUGUGCCUGCAAUGGCUGUGGACUCUGUGUUAUCGUCGCCGUUGGGGCCACCGGCGUGCGAGAAGGACGCGAAGGCGCUGUGGUUCAUCGAGGAGAUGACGAGAAAUGCCGAUUCUGUUCAGGAGAGGGUUUUGGAGGAGAUACUGAGCCGGAACGCGGAGACCGAGUAUCUCCGCCGCUUCAACCUCGCCGGAGCCACCGAUCGGGAGACAUUCAAAUCCAAAAUGCCGGUGGUCACUUACGACGAUCUUCAGCCAGAUAUCCAGCGGAUUGCCAAUGGUGACCGUUCCGAGAUCCUCUCCGCUCAUCCUAUCUCUGAAUUCCUCACCAGCUCUGGAACGUCAGCCGGCGAAAGGAAACUCAUGCCGACGAUUAAGGAAGAGCUCGUUCGUCGGCAGUUGCUGUAUAGUCUUCUCAUGCCUGUGAUGAACCUGUAUGUCCCGGGCUUGGACAAAGGAAAGGGCCUUUAUUUCUUGUUUGUGAAGGCAGAAACGAAGACCCCGGGCGGGCUUUUGGCCCGCCCCGUUCUGACAAGCUACUACAAAAGCGACCACUUUAAGACCCGACCCUACGACCCGUACAACGUGUACACGAGCCCGAACGAAGCAAUCCUCUGCCCGGACUCAUUCCAGAGCAUGUACACGCAGAUGCUCUGCGGCCUUCUGGACCGCCUCCAAGUCCUCCGAGUCGGCGCCGUGUUCGCCUCAGGCCUCCUCCGGGCCAUCAGGUUCCUCCAGCUUAACUGGCCCCAACUCACUCAGGAUAUCCGAACCGGAACACUUAACCAGAAAGUCAUCGACCCGUCACUCCGGGAAUGCAUGGGCCGGAUAAUUAAACCCGACCCGGAACUCGCGGACUUUCUCGUUGAAGAAUGCUCGAAGGAGAACUGGGAAGGAAUUAUCGUAAGGAUUUGGCCUAAUACCAAGUACUUGGACGUGAUCGUCACCGGAGCAAUGGCUCAGUACAUUCCGACACUAGACUAUUACAGCUCCGGCUUGCCGCUGGCCUGCACCAUGUAUGCUUCGUCGGAGUGCUAUUUCGGGCUCAAUCUCAACCCCAUGUGCAAACCGUCCAAAGUCUCUUACACCAUCAUGCCAAACAUGGCUUACUUCGAGUUCCUCCCCCACGAGCCCAACACGGCCGGGUUGACCCGCGGGUCGCCUCCCAGACUCGUUGACCUCGCAGACGUGGAGGUCGGGAAAGAAUACGAGCUCGUGAUCACCACCUACGCCGGGCUGUGCCGCUACCGAGUCGGCGACAUCCUCCGAGUCACAGGGUUCCACAACUCUGCCCCACAGUUCAGCUUCGUGAGGCGGAAGAACGUGCUGCUGAGCAUCGACUCGGACAAGACCGACGAGGCCGAGUUGCAGAAGGCAGUGGACGAAGCGUCCAAGCUCCUGCGUGAGUUCAACUCUAGCGUGGUGGAAUACACGAGUUACGCCGAGACGAAGAGCAUUCCGGGCCACUACGUCAUCUACUGGGAGCUGCUGGUGAAGGAACCGGCCAACUCGCCGGGCGACGAGGUGCUGAGUCGGUGCUGCCUGGCCAUGGAGGAAUCCCUGAACUCAGUGUACCGGCAAGGCCGAGUCGCCGAUAACUCCAUCGGGCCGCUGGAAAUACGCGUGGUGAAGAGCGGAACGUUCGAGGAGCUGAUGGAUUACGCCAUCUCGAGGGGCGCGUCCAUCAACCAAUACAAGGUGCCGAGGUGCGUUAGCUUUUCUCCGAUCAUGGAGCUUCUUGAUUCCAGAGUGGUAUCGGCGCAUUUUAGCCCGUCGUUGCCCCACUGGACUCCAGAGCGACGCCGUUGACGGCCGCGACCUCAGAGACCGCCGCCGGAGAUUAUUCCUGCAGAAAAAAAAAAAAUUGAACUUAUAACUAAUUUGCUUUUUCUUCUUCUU